UUGAUUUUCAGCAAAUAGAAGUGAUCGCUAUCCACCUCAUCCGAUUUAAAUUCGGAUUUUAGUGAAUUUUAGGUGUUAAAUCUGAUUGUUAGCCAAAUGGCGUUCAUGGCAAAACAUGCGUAGGCUACAGAAGUGAAGUACAGGAACUUUUGCUUCGAAAAGCUUAUCGGGGAUUCUGUGAAGAAUAUACUGAUGUGUUGAGGAUCUUUUGUAAAAAAGUUGUCAAUUGAUUCCCGUUGUUUCCAAUUCUAUUUGCUCCCUGACCGCACCGACACAGCACCAACAUGCCGCAGAACGAAUAUAUCGAACGUCACAUCAAGCUGCAUGGCCGGCGACUUGAUUAUGAGGAACGUAAGCGGAAACGCGAGGCUCGUGAGCCUAAGAAGCGUGCGGCUAUGGCUCGUAAGCUGCGCGGCAUCAAGGCCAAACUGUUCCAGAAGGAACGACGUAACGAAAAGAUUCAGAUGAAAAAGAAGAUUCAGGCUCAUGAAGAGAAAAAGGUUAAGAAAACGACCGAAAAGGUUGAAGAUGGGGCCAUUCCUACUUACCUGAUGGAUCGAGGAAUCCAAUCCAGCGCCAAGGUACUGUCCAAUAUGAUCAAACAGAAGCGCAAGGAGAAAGCCGGAAAGUGGGACGUUCCUAUUCCGAAAGUAAGAGCGCAAUCAGAUGCCGAAGUGUUUAAAGUCAUUCGAAGUGGCAAAACAAAGAGGAAAGCUUGGAAGCGAAUGGUCACGAAAGUAACCUAUGUUGGUGAAAAUUUUACUCGUAAGCCACCGAAAUUCGAGCGAUUUAUCCGACCCAUGGCACUUCGUUUCAACAAAGCGCACGUAACGCAUCCGGAACUGAAGGCAACCUUCCAUCUUCCCAUUAUUGGCGUUAAGAAAAACCCAUCCUCCCCGAUGUACACCAGCCUUGGGGUCAUAACUAAGGGUACCGUGAUCGAGGUCAACAUCUCAGAGCUUGGUUUGGUAACACAAUCCGGCAAAGUUGUUUGGGGAAAAUACGCCCAAGUAACGAACAACCCCGAAAACGACGGAUGCAUCAACGCUGUGUUAUUAGUAUAAUCUUUUUCCAGUAUGAUCCAUUAUUCAUAUCUCAAGUCUGCUGUCUAGUAUUUAAGGUUGCGUCGAUAUUUUUUCUGUACAAAUCCAAAGCAAAUAUAGCUUAGGUCAUGUAUUUUUACAAAACCAAA